UGGAUGCAUGUAAAAGUUGGUGAUAUUGUCCGUAUGGAGAGUGGGGAUUUUAUUGCAGCUGAUCUUUUAUUGUUAUCCACAUCAGAUUCAGGCAUUUGUUAUAUCGAAACAGCCGAAUUGGACGGCGAAACUAAUUUAAAGACAAGAAUGGCGUUGCCGUGUACAACUGAAAUGGGGGACAUAAUUGAUAAAAUAUAUGAAUUUGAUGGUUUAAUAGUCUGUGAACCACCCAACAACCGAUUAGACCAAUUUAAUGGCAGACUUGAAUGGUUAGGACAAAAAUACAAUUUGGAUAACAAUAAUAUGUUGUUGCGUGGAUGUUGUUUAAGAAAUACUAGAUUUUGUUAUGGGGUUGUUGUAUUUGCUGGUGCUGAUACUAAAUUAAUGCAAAACAGUGGAGAAUCGCCUUUAAAGAGGACUAGUUUGGAUAAAUUCUUGAAUAUCCUGAUACUUGGGAUUGUUCUGUUUCUCUUUGUUUGCACUUUAAUUUGUACUUUAAUGACUGGAUUUUGGGAACAAAUUGUGGGCAGACAUUUUCGUGUAUUUCUGCCUUGGGAUGAAAUUGUUCCUCGAAUAAAGAAUUUAACGACAGUUCAAUUACCUGUUGUACAAGGAGUUACUUCUUUUUCGGGAGAUGAUUCUGGUGCAGAGGAGAGGGCUAUUGCCCCCUCUCAAGUUUUGUUUAUUGUUGCUUUACAAUUUUUCUCUUAUAUUAUUUUGUUAAAUACUGUUGUGCCUAUAUCUCUAUAUAUCAGUGUUGAAAUGAUUCGUCUAGCCCAUUCAAAGUUUAUUAACAGCGAUUUAAAAAUGUAUGACCCAAAAACUGAUACUCCAGCAAAUGCUAGAACGAGUACUUUAAAUGAAGAAUUGGGACAAGUUCAAUAUGUUUUUAGCGAUAAAACUGGAACUUUGACUCAGAACGUUAUGGUUUUCAAAAAAUGUUCAAUAAAUGGACGCAGCUACGGCGACUUUCGAAAUGAAAGGGGGGAUGUAAUUGAAAAUAUUGAUGAAAAUACACUUCCAGGAAUUGACUUUUCUUUCAACCGGUGGCACGAAAAGAAUUUUAAAUUUUAUGACAAAACUUUGCUUAUUGAUACUGUGGACGGGUUGAAGGAGGUACAAGAAUUUUGGCGUUUACUGGCCAUUUGUCACACUGUUAUGCCUGAAGGAAAAGGAGACGUACUUGAAUAUCAAGCCCAAAGUCCGGAUGAGGCAGCCCUCACAUCUGCAGCUCGCAACUUUGGAUUUGUCUUUAGAAGGAGAACACCACAAACUAUAACGUUGGAAGUUAAUGGACGGACAGAGAUGUUGUGACGGUGUUUGACUUAUGAUGCCUUACACAUUCUGGAUUUUGACAAUGUCCGAAAACGCAUGUCUGUACUUGUUCGAACACCAAACAAUCAAAUUAGACUU